AUGGACAUUACAGUGUCCCCCCAUUGGCACAUCCGGCCAGGGCAGUACGUAUACCUCUGGUUGCCUCACGCGGGAUUUCGCUCGUGCUUCCAACUCCAGCCCUCCUAUGUCGCUUACUGGGAUGAUGCGCCCGGACCGCGCAUCCUGUACGUUCUGACCCGACCACGAGCCUCCAGCCUCAGUACACGACUCUACCUCCGCGAAUGGCUACACCAGCGUCGACAGCCCGCACUGUUGCUGGGCCCAUACGGCCGAUCGAUCGACUUUUCUCUGUUUGGGACGAUCGUGUUCAUCGUAGAGGACAUUGGCAUGUUGCGAGUGCUUCCCUAUAUCCGCAUGGUCGUCCAGGCGAGCGAGCAGCGGCAGGCCAUGGUACACAAGUUGAAAACCGUGUGGCAAAUGCAAGAUUUUGACCACCAAUGCUGGCUGGGCGAUUGGAUGCAGGACCUGUUGGACCUCGACCGCGGUGAAUUUAAGAAAGGGGACUUCCGUUAA